AUGGUACGGAUCACCGAAGCCGACUUUGACAAGGAAUAUGAACGCAUAAAACAAGACUCUGUCGAAGGCAAUUGCAUAAUCUUUGUUGCUUCCGAUGUCGAUGCCAUUUGCGCCUGUAAAAUUUUCCAGUUUGUGUUGAAGAGCGACCUUAUCCAGCAUAAGCUUGUCCCUGUCUCUGGAUAUCAAGAUCUCGAAAAGGCCAACAAUGAGCUUGUCGCAAACGAUCCCGAAUUGCGAUCCAUCAUCAUGAUCAAUUGUGGAUCAUCCUUGGAGCUAUACGACUUUUUCCAAAAGAAUGAAGAUCUGCGCAUAUACGUAUUCGACAGCCAUCGACCGAUCAACCUGCACAACUGCCUUCCAGCAAACCAGAAUGUGCGAGUGUUUGAUGAAGCUGCAGAUACAGAGAGGAUGAAUCAACACAUUGAGGCCUAUGACGCAUCAUUGGUUGACGAUUCAAGCGACGAUGAUAGCAUGGAUGGUUCGGAUACUGAUGAAGAGGAUGAUUUGGAUUUACGGCCACGACAACGAAGGCGGCUAAAUCAAGAAGGACAUUCACGGGGUGAGCAACGUCGGUUAAGGCAGCGACAAAGACGACUACUUGCAGAAUACCACAUGGCCGGUGUCUAUUAUGGCAACUCUGUAGCUGGACAAAUGUACACAUUGGCAACACAAUUAGCCAAGACAAACAAUGAAUUAUUAUGGCUGGCUAUUAUUGGUGUCACAGCACAAUAUAUAUUCGAGCGCAUCGAUACGGAUCAAUAUAUGAAAUACGUUCAAGCAUUCAAUGAUAAUGUGGCAUUGUUCAACAUGGCACCUGAUGAGGAAAAUAUGCGUACAGGCGAGAACAGUAUUCAAAAGGAGGAGGAGUAUCGUUUUAUGCUUUUUCGACAUUGGAGCCUUUACGACAGCAUGUAUCAUUCAGGCUAUGUUGCAAGCAAAUUAAGCGUAUGGCGGGAUUAUGGACGCAGGCGUCUGAACAACAUGUUUGCAAAGAUGGGGUUUUCAUUAGCACAAUGUCAACAAGUAUAUACCCACAUGGACCUGCAGCUCAAAGAUAUGUUACGGCACAAGAUUGAAACAGUUGCACCUCUUUACGGCUUGACAGACAUUUGCUUUCCAAGCUUUGCGCGAACAUAUGGAUGGAAACUACGCUUUUCUGCCAGUGAUGCUGUUUACGCACUUGCCACGUUGCUCGAAACCAGCCCAUUAACCGCCACACGCCUUGGUGAGAAUGUGAAAUGGAACCAAGACGAGGAUUGGGAUGCUCUCGAAAGCGAAUCGGGUGACCAUGGCGACAAUACCGAUCUAAGCAGUGUACGACGGAAAUGGUGGAUGCGUAACUUUUAUACAGCCUAUGACGCUACCAACAAUGUGGAAGGAUUACAACAUGGCAUUGAUCUCUGCAUGAAAAUCCAAAAGGCUGUUGUACGUCAAGGUACGGCCAUUCUCGAUAAAAAGGCGAGCAAGGUGAUCAAGAACUUUCGAGUGGUUAUUAUGAGAGAUGGACCCGAUUUACCGCUGUUUCAACAUCCUUUGACUCUCUCCAAAUUGGCUCUCUUUUUAACAGAUGCAUACAGAGAACAUGCAAGUCGAAGUAUGCCAUUUGUUAUAUCGUCAUUGGAUGAAGAACAUGAUUCCUACCUGGUAGUCGCCAAUACAGGCGCCCCUUCUUUUGGUGAUAUUCGAAAAAACCCUUUUGGUCUCGCAUUCAAGAAAGCAGCAAACAAGUCGAAAGCACGUAUAUCCUUUGACACCUUUGAAAGUUCAGUACUACAAAUUCACAAGAAUGAUCUCGAUCACUUUUUGGAGAACCUUUUUAUUGGCGCAUGA